CUCCUUCAACAACAACACCUCGGUAGCUUUCUAGCAAACAUAGCUACGACAUUCACGUUCUUUACACUGUUUUGGUGUAUAUUAGUCGCUGUGUAUUAAACACACUUCUGUCGUAUGUACUUGUUGGCCCAUUUAAUUAUAUAUGUACGUUGUUUGUCAGCUAGCUGGUUUGCUAAGUUAGCUUAGAACUAAGCUAGUCGCUAAUGCUAGCUAGCUAACAUCCCCGACCAUGAGUUCACUAAGCUACUCUCCUCCUGAUAAAGAAGAGGCGGUCUGCUGGACGGAGAAAGAAGCUCUUGUCAAAGAGGAGGAGGAAGAGGUGGAUGUUACAAUACAAAAACAAGUAGAGGGUGAGGCUGUUACAGUGAAAGAAGAGGAAGAUGUUUCAGUGAAAGAAGAGGAAGACGCGUUCAGAGUGAAAGAUGAGGAUGUUACAGUAAAAGAAGAGGAGCAUUCCGUUUUUGGAGUGAAGAAUGAAGGGGAGAUGACUGUCACAUCGAAAAAGGAGGAGGAAGAGGAAACUGGAUAUCUGAGCCCGGUUUCCCAAACGCAUAUUAAGCCAUUCAAUGGUUCUUACGAUGAACGGGCCCUGAUUAACACAAGAGAGAGCGGUGACUAUCGUGCAUCUUCUGGGGAUCCUCAACAACAACAUGAUGCUGACGAGGCAGAGAAAAGUCUAUCCAGAUCAGGACUCCUCAAGAAACACCAGCAGAGACCCACAGGGAAGAAAUCUUACUGCAAAUCGACAUCAGAACUUAAAAUACACCAGUGUGUACACAAUGGAGAGACAUCUCACUGCAGCUCUGACUGUGGGAAAAGAGUCACCUCUUCAGUAGACCUUAAAAUACACCAGAGAACACACACGGUAGAGAAAUCUUAUGUCUGUGAUCAAUGUGGGAAGAGUUUUACUGAGUCACGCAUCCUGAAAUCACACCAGAGAACACACACGGGAGAGAAAUCUUAUGGCUGUGAUCAAUGCGGGAAGAGAUUUACUCAACCAGACAGCCUGAUAGUGCACCAGAGAAUACACACAGGAGAGAAACCUUACAGCUGUUAUCAAUGUGGGAAGAGUUUUACAACAUCAAGCCAUCUAAUUGUACACCAGAGAACACACACAGGAGAGAAACCUUAUGGCUGUGAUGAAUGUGGGAAGAAAUUUACUGCGUCAAACGCCUUGACAGUGCACCAGAGAGUACACACAGGAGAGAAACCGUAUAGCUGUAGUCAAUGUGGGAAGAGUUUUACUCAACCAGACAGCCUGAUAGUGCACCAAAGAAUACACACAGGAGAGAAACCUUAUAUAUGUUAUCAAUGUGGGAAGAGUUGUACUACAUCUAGCCAUUUAAUUGUACACCAGAGAACACACACAGGAGAGAAAGCUUUUACCUGUGAUCAAUGUGGGAAGAGUUUUGGUACAUCUAGCCAUCUAAUUGUACACCAUAGAACCCACACAGGAGAGAAACCUUAUAGCUGUGGUCAAUGUGGGAAGAGUUUUGGUCAAUCUGGUCAUCUGACAGUGCACCAGAGAAGACACACAGGAGAGAAACCUUAUAGCUGUGGUCAAUGUGGGAAGAGUUUUGGUCAAUCUGGACAUCUGACAGUGCACCAGAGAAGACACACAGGAGAGAAACCUUAUAGCUGUGGUCAAUGUGGGAAGAGUUUUGGUACAUCUAGCUAUCUGACUAUACACCAGAGAACACAUACAGGGGAGAAACUUUAUAGCUGUGAUCAAUGUGACAAGAAAUUCUCUGAUAAAAGACAUCUGAUCAAACAUCAGAAAAUACAUACAUGAAGGAAUUGUUUCAUGAUAUCAAUUAAAUAUCCCACCGAGCAAAAUGUAAUUGAAAAGAAGACUAUGCUCAAAGUCCAAUAUUCUUUCGAUGGUAGUUGAAAAUAUGUAUUUUCGGGUCGUUGUUUUUCAAUGACUUGAAAGCAACUUCAUUUCAAAGUACUUGCAGCCUAUACACAUGGACGCAGUAUAAUACAUUGGUUUAUAAUCAAUUUUAUUAACAAUCUUACAUCACUCCAGUAUUUAUUGACAACAUUCAAGUGCUAAUUGUCUUUAUUCCACUACUGAAGAAGCAUGUUUUAUUAUUCCAUGCCUCACCAUUAAGUUAAUUAUUGCCACUACAUAUUAACAAAGGGGUGUACAUUUGGUUUUGAUAUUUCAUAUUUACAAUUCAUGUAACAUUUAGUAAUAAUUAUUUAUGCAACCAAAUGACAAUGUUUGGGUACAAUUAUAUUGACAUUGUUACCCUGCUUUCGUAAUGUCAGGGUUAAUUCUCAGAUGUGCCAACCCAAAUCUACUAGAUGAACAUUGGGGACUGGACCCCAAUCCAACAACAUGCCUAUUGAGUGAACCCUGAAAAGAGAGAGAAGCUACACAGUGAGGUGGGAAGUUACUACGGAUAUCGCAGGAGUUUCCUCUUGAAAUCAGACAUGUCCGUGGUAAGGACAACUUGGUUGCUGAUUGUCUCAAGGGUUGGCAGUCAAAAAUAUUUGUAUUGUGCAUUUAACCAGUGUGUUACCAUGGAUCACAAUUUAUUUUGACACGCUUUUCCGUGUUGGAGAGGAGUUUUAUCUCUUAUUCUUUUCUGUAUUUUUUUGGAAACUGCACUGUUGGUUAGGGGCUCGUAAAUAAGAGUUCCAGUGUUGUAUCCGGCGCAUGUGACUAAUACAAUUAGAUCUGAGUUUAGUUUGGGCUAGAAGCUAGUGAGUUUUAGGAUUCUAUGGAAAGAAAAAGGAUAAAAAAAUUAUAUGAUUGUAUAUUAUUAUUUAGAAAUACGUGUUUUUUCUUGUUUUCAAUUGUUGACAGCCAGUUGACACUAUGUUUAUAUUGUAGAAGGUGAAGCGUUGUAGUUGAUUAUAAUGAGAAAUGGAAGUUGUUUUUUGUUGGUGGUGAGCAAACGUGUCCAACAAAAAUAUAGGAUAUAUUGGUUGUCUUACACCUUCCCCUUUUACAUGCUUUGGUUUUUCCUUUUAUAUGUUGAGGUUAGACGUUAGAGCGUAGGAAAGGGAGAUACCAAGUCAUUCAUUUUAAUGCAAUCAAAUGAAAUGUGUCUUCGGUGCCCUGAUUGGUGUCACCUUGUUAGUCAGUAUGUGUUACAUUGUCCUGGCUUGUCCAGCUCAUUAGUGGGAAGCUGUUUCACCUGAGCUGGUCCAGGUUCUAUUUAAGAGUGUCUGGCCCAGUGCUCCAGUUGUCUUGAUAGAUGUGGAGAAUCAACACCUUUAGUUGUGCCACCGUUUUGGUUUGUAUCCUGUCUUAAAGUUUGUGUGUUUUUCUUUUAUUUGCCUCUUGGGCAGAUUUAGUGAGUCUCAUGGUGUUUGUCUUUUAGGUCCCAGUUGUUGUUACUAGUCAACUUUCAGUGGACACUGUGAGUGUCUUUCAGAACCCCUUAUAUUUGGGGGUUGGAUAUUGCAUCCAAAUUAAUAUUUUAAUCAAUUGCAUUCCCUCAUUAGUUGUUAAUUUGUCAGUCUUCUAUUUUUUAUCCUCAUGUUUGUGUACUAAAUAUGUAUAUUCAUAGUUUUUUUAUUUGUUUUUUUCCCAUUGUGUUGUAUCCUGUCUGAAAAGUGCUGUAUAAAUAAAGCUUGAUUUGAAUGAAC